GCCCACAGUCGGGCUUGAAAGGGAGGGGGGAAUUGUGAAAUGGGAGUGUUCUCCGUCUCAGCUAAUCGAAUUGAAAAUAGUAAGAGACUAAUCUCUCUUUCUCUCGGGUGUGGUAUUGACUAACCCUCCGUGUACAUGUGGCGGGCACUCAGUAGGAAGAGGUACUUCUGUUGGAUUAGUUGCUGUACAUAAACAAUGGGAGUUCUGGAAUUUUUGAAGUCACAGUUCCUCUGUCAUCUUAUAAUUGGUUACGUCUUUAUAGUAAGCGGUCUGAUUGUGAACCUUAUUCAGCUCUGCACCCUUGUCCUGUGGCCAAUCAACAAGCAGUUCUUCAGGAAGGUCAAUUGCAAACUGGCAUAUUGCAUUUCUAGCCAACUGGUAAUGCUUUUGGAAUGGUGGUCUGGGACACAAUGUACUCUCUACACAGAUCCCAAAAGCUAUGCGCUAUAUGGAAAGGAGAAUGCUAUUGUAAUACUCAAUCAUAAUUUUGAGAUUGACUUUCUUUGUGGCUGGAGUUUCUGUGAAAGAUUUGGGGUUUUAGGGAGUGCAAAGGUACUUGCAAAGAAAGAACUUUCAUAUGUACCGCUCAUUGGCUGGAUGUGGUAUUUUCUAGAGAUAGUGUUCUGCAAGCGCAAGUGGGAAGAGGACCGCAAAACAGUUGUGGAAAGUUUAGUUAAUCUGCGGGACUAUCCUGAAAAGUUUUGGUUUCUGUUGCAUUGUGAAGGGACACGGUUCACAGAGAAAAAGCAUGAAAUCAGCAUGCAGGUAGCUGAAGCGAAGGGACUGCCCAAGCUCAAACACCACCUUCUUCCACGAACAAAAGGCUUUACCAUCACAGUGCAGUGUUUGAGAAAUGUGGUUACAGCUGUAUACGAUUCUACACUUAAUUUCAGAAAUAAUGAAACUCCUACACUGUUGGGCGUGCUAAAUGGAAAAAAAUACCAUGCAGACUUGUAUGUGAGGCGAAUUCCAUUGGAAUCCAUUCCUGAAGAUGAAUCAGCUUGUGGCUCCUGGCUACAUAAGCUUUAUCAGGAGAAAGAUAACUUUCAAGAAGAGUACUAUAAAACUGGGAAAUUCCCAGGCACUUCCAUCACUCCCUCACGUAGGCCAUGGACACUUGUGAACUGGUUCUUCUGGGCGAGUCUUCUUCUCUACCCUUUCUUUAGUUUGCUAGUGAACAUGUUCCUCAGUGGAUCUUCCCUCACUGUCAUUGGUUUUACCCUAUUCCUUGUUGCAGCUUCGGUGGGUGUUCGAUGGAUGAUCGGAGUAACAGAAAUCGACAAGGGCUCUAACUAUGGCAACAACGACGGGAAAAAGGAAAUCCACUUCAACUCCGCUGGGUCACCGGAGACCCAAAAGGACCAAUGAAAGGGCGAGUGGCAGCAACGGUCCUCCGUCCACAAGAAGCUGGAAGAAGGGCUCCAGCAACUCCAGAGUGCAGUUGUGCAACAAACUUCCAAAGGAGAUUGCAUUGCAUUUCUUUGGAUUUUAUUUGCCUCACCCACCCCCCCAACCGCCCCCACCCCAAUCAAAAUGGACAUUUCUUGACCGAAAUAAAUAGUGCAUUGUGCCUGUGUCACCUCAGGAUUUGUCAUCACUCGAGAACAACUGGACAGGUUCGGCUCCAUUUCUUUCCUUAGGAAGGACGCUCUGCUUAAAUCAUUUGAUUGGAGAAAAGUCAACCCAACCAAACAAAGAGGCUUCAGCGUAUUUUCAGGUCACUGUGUUUGUUUACUUGACACAACGAUUAACAUCGUGACGUGCGUAAAAGAUGCGUCAGACUCGAGCUUCAGCUGGCUGAGGAGCACAAGCUGGCUGACCUCAGCCGCAGACGAGCUGUAAGUUUCAAGUCGCUCCAUACGCUCCGAGCACAAACUCCUCACUAAGGGUGUAAGACAUCGCUUGCAACUUGAAGUCGCCUCAGACAAACCCAAUCGAUUCAACAGCCACAGCUUGCAUAGUUUUAUCUUGUUGUAAAGGUUUUUUAUUGUACCUAACUGAUGCCAAGUAGAAGUUUGGUUAAGCCUUACCAUGUUUAUGGGUAAACAGAAAAGGAUUUGGUGAAAAAGUCAUUGCUGUUAGUUACUGUAACGAGUCUUUUGACUUGAUGGUGCAUUUUACCACUAAAAGGUAUUUUGUUUUCUAGGUCUGCUAUUUGUACCACCAGUUUUCCCUUCCAAUUCACUUUGCUUUAUAGAGGAUGAUGGGACAACAAGCCCCUAAGUCUUACUUGCCACGGGCUGUUUAUGAGUUGAGAGGGUGCGGCAGUGAGCUGGCACAAUCGAAUGGAUACCCGUUGUUACUGUUCAAACUGCCUCGUUGCCUUUAGCCAAGAAAAAGCCACCGCAAGGUGGUCCCGGCUGGCGCUGGUACUCGUGCACUUGCAGCUGUUGUAGCGUUUUUCUAGGGAAUUCAACUUAACUGCCGAAUGCUCACACCAACAAGUGUUUUAAUCUCUUUGGCAUUGUUUGUAUUUCGAUAUUUAAAUUAGCAUUUAUACCCCGUUAGGAUUUGAACUAAACUCAGAUGUAUUAAAAACAUUGAUGUGCUUUUUAAGGGAGAUUGAAAAUAAAAGUAUGGUUGGUUACUUUAGAUCGACUUUUCUAGACGGUCUCUGUUUUGAUCAGAUCCACUGGCCGAUAUUAUUCAUUGGUGUCUGAGUCGACACUCGAGUGUCCUUUUGGCCCAGCCGUUACUCCCGCUACCUCACCGCACCAGAGACCCUGACGUGUAAGCGUGUGGCCCCCAGUGUGACUGUGCUCAGGUGUCCCCACAGGUUAGGCCUUAGGGGGGGCUCUAAAGUGGCAGUCGGAGUUGGUGUGUGCUGUUUAUGGGGGGGUGGGAGUGGGCCAUCAAAUCGACUGGCAGCUACUUGAGAUCAUUUGUUAGCUAGCUGUUGGCUAUGCAUUGCCCUCACUUUUUCGUUAAUGGUUUGAUAUCCUCUGUUGUCCCAAAACUUCAUACUGCAUAGGAAAUACGUGUUUAAAAAAAUUAAUGUCAUAUGUGCCACCCUGAACCUUUUCACUGUAGUAAGUUCCUUUAAUACUUUAAAAUGUAAUACACAACAAAAGUAGUUGGUUACAAAUGGAAAAUGUGUUUGUUGCAAGAAGGACUUGAUUAAUGUUUGACCUGAUAUUAUCUACAAUUGUUCAUAUAAAGAAUCCGUAUAAAGUUUUCUGUUCAUAUUAGUUUAUUUAUAUACUAAAACCAUGUCAAUGGAUAAAAUGACUACUUCAGGUAUCUGUGAAACUGUUGCUGUAUUUCUGAUAAUGUUGUUAUUAAUUUGGCAGACAGCAAGUAACAAAUUCAAGGUGCAUAUAAAGAAUGUGAGGGAAGUGCCAAGUUAAGCAAAAAGGACAAAAUGUACUUGAGAUGUUCAACAAGGUUUUUGUUUUAGUUGUUGUUGUCCAGUGUGGUGCCUCCAAAAGGUAAAACACACACACAUACACACACACAGUGUAAAGAGGGCUCGGUGUUUGUUAUGGUAACACUGCCAUUGGCUUACCCAAACCUGACUGCAGAGAUUUGCACUGUAAACAUUUUAUAACAAUUGUGUGUUUUUUAUUUUUUCCAAGGGUAUCUGGUACAAAAGAAAUAAAGAAUAAAGCAGUAAAUAAAGUUCACACAAUCCAACGUGUAUACGUAGUGAGCAUCACACAACAAUGGAUACCUCGAUUACAAAUGACGUUAGGGUACUGACAGGUUUACUCGCCUCUAACGCUGGAAUGUGAAGGAAUGAGAACGUUCUGGGUAGCUGGAUGAUGAGAAGGUGAGGCUCAUCCAAGUGGAAGCAAACGCGAGUACACGUGUAUGAAAUGAAAGGCAAGGCAAGCCUGUGUAAACACCAUUGACAUUCACUCAGGGCGUCCACCACCACCACGUGCUUGGCACACUUCAUGCCUACCCCUGGGUUUUCAUAGCCACAUCUCAUCUUCUAUUUACGAUGUAAGAAAGGAAAGAAAAGGCAGCGUGUCCACUAUUAAGUCGCCAGAACACAAGUGACUGUCCCUUCUAAGCCCGCUUUUUUAAUCUUGAACAUUACAUUCUGAUCCAUCACGUUUCUUUUCAUCUCUUUGGUUGGUUUGACGGUGAAGUCAAAGAAUAUUUAACUAUGCAACAUGGUGAGCCAGUGCAGGGCUGAAUGAGUGAGUGAGUGCCUGGUAUUCCUAUCGACUCACUGCUCUUAUUAAGGCUUUAUAUUGUUAAUAAAUGUGGCUGUAGCUUAGCUCAGUUUGACUCCUUAUGCUGUCUGUCAGCAGGACGUGGACACGAGUUCUGUAUAAUACAGGCCAUCCAAACGUGUCAUUAUACCACUUUAAUAUGAAAAUAAAAUAAGAAUAGAAGUUAUGGGAAAUCAUGCAACUUUAGCUCAAGCAGUAGGAGAAAUGUACACAUUUAAUGAGUAACACAACAAAUAACAGCAAACCAACCUUGAAGAUAACAGACGUCAGAAAUGGCGCGGGGUGCGACCGCUCUGUGGGCUCCACUCCUAAUAAGCUGACUGCAACAUGUUUAUUGCACAUUACACUUGGUGGGGGGGGUUAUAUGUGUACUGUACGUGUACGUGUAAAUAUGCUGAUAACAAAAGAAACCAUGUGACCAGCUACUGGCACAAUUGCAUAACUUUAGACAUUUGAAACUGAAUGAAGUACAAAAUACCUUAAUGAUACAAGAAAAGAGAAAGUUAUUGCACACUUGACCAACAUCAAACAGACAUUCGAGACAAUGCCCCUUCAUUGUUUUCUGGCUUUUAAAAAAAUCAAGAAACUGGAAAUUUGCAGUUUAAAACCUUCCUUAAUACACAUUCCAGCAGUCUGCAUGGCCUUUCACAUAAUAUAAAACAAUUUAAAAGAUGGGGCAGAGGUUGGCCUGUACAAAAAAGUUUAAAAUAUAAAGUUAUUUUGCAUUAAAAAAAAAAAAAAUCAGUUUUGGCAGGACAAACUCACUGAAACUGGCAAACUGUUUACAGACGUCAAUGCAGCGUUAAAAACAGACAUUGCAAUAUAAAACUAUCAAAAUAUUAUAAAUGCCAAGCGUGCUUCUGCCUUCCAGCUUUUCCUGCUUAUCUCUGAGAGGACAGACAACAAAAAUGUGGACCUACCUGCCCUGGGGGGUUUGGGGGUCACUUCUCACUGUGUGCACAGGCGGAUAUAAUGGACAAUAUGGUGUGGAGUAGUGAGCCCAGCAUUGCAGUACCUCUCAUCUUUUAGAGAAUUGCAGCUCACUAGUCUGGUAAAGUGAUGGGACAGGCACUGCCCGAUAUGCCACGUGCUCUUUCAGGUGACUGACGGAUAUUUCUAGAUACAUUAAACACUUGGACAUCAAGAGACGUCCCAUCUGUACAAACUGGAAGAGCACUUCAGGCGUUGUGAACAUUGUGUGGUGCACCUCAACGAUGACGGGACAAACCCCACCAUACUGCAGCAGCUCGAGCCACUCAACGCAUAGCAAAGGCAGAAUUGUGCAGGUGCCACACACAUGGGGAAAUAACAGAGAAGAAAUCAACACUUUCAAACAUUUUUCUUAUCCCAGAGUGUAUUUUUGUUUGCAUUUCCUAAAGUUUUGAAAUAAUAGGCUCACCUUUCAUUAAAAAAAAAACAAAACACCCCAUACUUCUUAUAUGUUUACAAUACAUCACACUCUUUUGUAUGUUAAAAAUAUCAAAAUUCAACUUCCUUUUCUCUAUACAUAUGACACAGAUGCAUACCAAAGAGAGACACUUUAUUUCUAUAAAUCAAAUGCCUCGAUUAUGUGCAGCAUAGUGGACAAGCGUUGGCCGGAGGAGGUCAUGCCCUUAAUGUAUGUGUACAAGAUAAAAGAAGGGGGGCACUCAGGCUGGAAACAACUUGGCUGAACAUUUGAAAUUCUUUCCCACCCGAAUCGGCUGCUUCUGAGGCAGAAGAACUUUAUAUUUGUAGUACAGUAUAUACAAGGGUUACAGCUGACAUUAUGUACAAAGGAAAAUAAAACAUACAAGUUGCUCCUCAGCUGCCAAAACGCACAUUAGAUCGUUCCUUUAAGAUGGGAGUACUUUUUUUUUUUUUCCACUAACCCUGAAAUGCUAAAUACAGAGAUUUUAUUAAAAACAGUCUUUGUAAAUAUUA